AUGACCUUAUUCGAUGGCUCUUUCCCCUUCUACCCCAAGUCCAAGGCAUCCUUCCCAUUUGAUACAGCUUGGGCUGUGAUCAUCUCUGUGUUCAUCACUGUGCUGGCUACUUUCAUCAUCAUCUGGCCUGGCAUCCAAGGCAAAGGGAGGUCCUUCUGGAUCUUGCGAGUGGUCACCAGCCUCUUCAUCGGAGCAGUGAUUCUCACUGUUAACUUCACCAGGGACUGGGAGACUGGCUGGGUGACAGUGAACACCUCCUAUAAGUCCUUCAGCAAUGCCGUGGUGGACGCGAACAUCGGGCUGCACAUUGGCUUGGCCGGCAUCAAUGUCACGCUAGUGGGAAACCCAGUGAAUCAGAUCAAUGAAACCAUCAGCUACAACGAGCACUUUUCCUGGAGCUUUGGAGAGGACUAUGACCUCAGCUACAGUGAGGGCCUGGAGCGGGGGCUGCCGCGUCCCAUCCUGUACGUGGCAGAGAAAUUCACCCCGAACAGUCCCUGUGGUGUGCAUGCCCAGUACCGCAUUUCCAGCCACUAUGCCUCCCUCACACUGUGGGCAGCCUUCUGCACCUGGCUCAUUUCCAACAUGUUCUUCUCCAUGCCCAUCCUGCUGUACGGGGGCUACAUAUUCAUACUCACGGCGCUGCUGAUGAUCUGCUCGCUGCUCUUCUUCACUGUCGCCAGGCACUUCCCAAUGUGCAACAUCCGGUUUGGUUCAGCCUCCCUGCAGAUCGGUUAUGGGGCAUCUUUCUGGCUGACCUUAGCCACAGGGCUGCUGUGCUUCCUGCUGGGGCUGGCCGUGAUCCUCAUGAAUUUGAUGCAGCCCAAGAAGCUGAAGCUUGUCUUUAAUGUGAGUGAGGGAGAGGGAGAGGAAGAGGAGGAGCAGGAAGUGGGGCCUGCUGAGCAAACCCCGAAAGGCGACAUCCUCAUGGCUCCGCUGGGUGAGAACUGCAAAGUGACAGUGACUGACUUGUGAGGGCCAACCGCUGCCCCUGCCCAGCCUGCAGAAGAGCACCGA